UGUAAAGGUGUGCCAUAACGUCGGCAAAGACAAGUUCUCGCGAGACUUUUUUUUGUCUUCCUGGACCAAAUAGCAUCUGAUAGUACCGCGAAGAGGGCCAAACUUAGCCGCUACCCCCACUCUUAUGUGCAGUCUAUGGUUCACAUCUCAGGACACGAAUAACUUGUUGGCCCCAACGGUCCGCUCCUUUUGAAGUUUCUGCCAGGCCUAGACGAUAGUGGAGCAACAAGCAAGGACAGUGGGAUUGUUAGCUUGAAUGGCUAGCACGGAUACCUAGCUAAAGCAUUAACGUCAUUAUUGGUAUGGAAUGUGGUGAUGGCUGUGGUCCAACCUUUGCUUGUAACUAGCUAUCUACAGUUAGCUGUGUUGAUUCAUUCUUUACCCCAACUUGAAGGUAAAGUGAUUAAUUUAACAUACGUGUCUUACUAGCUAGCUAAUUAUUUGUUUCCAUAAUGUUAGCUUGCUAGUCAGUUUAUUGCUAACGUUAGCUAUUGCCUCUUGUGACUGACUAUAGCUAACUAGUCAUAGCUAACAUAUCCAGCCAUCUACCGUUAGUUAGCUAGUCUGGUCUAAAAUACCUAGUUAACCAGACACCUCAUUGUCACCCCUGUUGAUUCGAUAGAUACACAGGCUAGUUUGAGAGCUAAUUGGCUAGGCAGGCCUGGGGCAUUUUGGAUCUGCCAACAACAUUCAGUCACUCUUCUGGCGACACAGCAAGUUGAGGUCAAGAGACUCAACGCUGGUAUCUAGCAAGUUAUUCUCUAAAACGAAAAAUGGCCCCCAAAAAAAGACCAGUGCGCCUUAACAUCACUCCCACUGCUGGUGAGGGAGGAUUGUCCACCUCCACAACCAUCGCAGCUGCCUCUGAUGCUAACUUGGAAGCCCUACAGAAGAAGUUGGAGGAGUUGGAUCUGGAUGAGCAGCAGAAGAAGCGCCUGGAGAAUUUCCUUACCCAGAAGGCCAAGGUGGGCGAACUGAAAGACGAUGACUUCCACCGCAUUUGUGAGUUGGGUGUCGGCAACGGAGGCGUGGUCAACAAGGUGUGCCACAAACCCUCAGGCCUCGUCAUGGCCAGAAAGCUGAUCCAUCUGGAGAUCAAGCCAGCCAUCAGGAACCAGAUCAUCAGAGAGCUACAGUUGCUACAUGAGUGUAAUUCUCCCUACAUCGUUAGUUUCUACGGGUCCUUCUACAGCGAUGGAGAGAUCAGCAUCUGCAUGGAACACAUGGAUGGGGGCUCUCUGGACCAGGUGCUGAAGGAGGCCAGGAGGAUCCCUGAGGAGAUCCUGGGGAAAGUCAGCAUCGCUGUUCUAAGAGGGUUAGCGUAUCUACGAGAGAAACACCAGAUCAUGCACAGAGACGUAAAGCCCUCUAAUAUCCUGGUCAACUCUCGUGGGGAGAUCAAGCUCUGUGACUUCGGCGUGAGCGGCCAGCUGAUAGACUCCAUGGCCAACUCCUUCGUGGGAACACGUUCCUACAUGUCGCCGGAGAGAUUGCAGGGCACCCACUACUCUGUCCAGUCUGAUGUGUGGAGCAUGGGGCUGUCUCUGGUGGAGCUGUCUAUCGGCCGGUAUCCCAUCCCCCCUCCUGACGCCAAGGAGCUGGAGGCCAUCUUUGGCCGACCCAUCAUGGACGGGACCGAGGGAGAAAUGCACAGCAGCACCUCUCCCCGACCCAGACCUCCCGGGGGCAGACCUGCCAGCGGCCACGGUCCUGCGAUGGCCAUCUUUGAGCUGCUGGACUACAUCGUCAACGAGCCUCCCCCCAAGCUGCCUCAUGGAGUAUUCACAUCUGAUUUCCAGGACUUUGUGACCAGAUGUCUCAUCAAGAACCCAGCAGACCGGGCGGACCUGAAGAUGCUGAUGAACCACACUUUUAUCAAGCGCUCGGAGGUAGAGGAGAUGGACUUCGCUGGCUGGCUCUGUAAAACCAUGGGGCUGAACCAGCCCAGCACUCCCACACGCACUGCAGACUAAGCACACACUCAAACAGACAUGCAGCGGCCUGAACACAUACAGACUAAUGGGCACACAUAGACAUGCAGCGGCCUGAACACAUACAGACUAAUGGGCACACAUAGACAUGCAGCGGCCUGAACACAUACAGACUAAUGGGCACACAUAGACAUGCAGCGGCCUGAACACAUACAGACUAAUGGGCACACAUAGACAUGCAGCGGCCUGAACACAUACAGACUAAUGGGCACACAUAGACAUGCAGCAUAGAUAGAUAGAUAUAUCUAUCUCUCUCUCACUCACUUUUCUUGUCAGCCACCUCUCCUCCUUCAGGUUAUCCAAGUAUGAACUGGCCCUAAAGCCUCCAUUCAGUCACUCUUCUCGAACCAUUAGUGCUGAGCGAUUAACAAACAUUUCAUAAAAAAAAAUUUUUGUUAUUAAACAACUAAUUGACGCUCUUUUUUUUUUUUUUUUUGUGAGCCCAAAUCACUGUUUCUCAUGAGAAAUCAAGUCAAGAACUACAGUAUGUGGGAUGCUGGGCUGAAAGGAGUUAUCGGGGAGGAAGUGGCGAAGCGAGAGGCGUCACUCGCCAAAAUAUGUCCAAAAUAAGCCCAAUGCGUUUCUUUGGGCUUAUUUUGGACCUAAGCUUGUCGCCUGCCUUCACGCCUUCGGGAUGAUUCCUGUUAUUCGGACGGUGACAUGAGCAUCUCAACAUUAAAUACAGAUCUCUGUACAGAUACACUUUCACGCCUGCUACGUUAUGUACACACUGGCUGCAUCAUGAGAGAGGAAUGUACACAACACAAUGACGAGAGGGACAGACGCUGUUAGUUAUCUACUUUGAAGAACUAGUCAAAUGUUUUCAGCAGACAGCUCUCCAGUAUAGGCAACAUAGGCAGGCUAAAUAGGAUGACUAAAACCAGUAGAGUAUAGGGAGCACAUAGAUAACAUUAGAUGACCUGGCGGACUGCUACUGCCAGAGCAGAGAUGAUUACUGUUAUUUUUCAUUCCUUAAAGUCAAGUAAUCAGAUAAAAACUAAGUAAUAUACACAACUAAAAUGUUUUAUUUUAUUGGAAUUUACCCUUUCUAUUGAUGUCUACCCAAUGUGGACCUGACAGACAAUGGAAUAUUUUCAAGGUUUUGGCAAUUGAAUGUUCACUAUUUUAGGCUUUGGAAUUUCUAUUAAAAAACCCUCUAAAAUCA